UUAAAGAUGGUCCAACUCCAACAGAAAAACCACACCAUCAAAAGAUAGAACCUAGGGAAAACCCUUUUGGUGAUUGUUUACAACACAAGUUCCUUUCUAUAUUAUUAGCCAUGUUUAGCUCCUGCUUCCAAUCUUGCAUCCCUUCUUCUUCAUCUUUUCCAAACACCACCUUGUAUCCAUCCAUAUCUAUAUCUAUAUACCCUAAUAAUAAUAUAAAUUUCAUAAAGAAAUCUCACCCAUUUCCAUUUCUCAGACUUAACCACCAUCACCCUCAAUUCAUUUGCGCUGCAUCAUCAUCAUCAUAUUCCACUAAUCGUUCUAAAAAUGAUUAUUAUAAAGUAUUAAAUGUAGGUAAAAAGGCUACUUUGCAGGACAUCAAGUCUUCCUAUCGAUCUCUUGCUCGUAAGUAUCAUCCCGAUAUGAAUAAGGGCGAUGGGGCAGAAGACAAGUUUAAAGAAAUAAGUGCUGCAUAUGAGGUCUUAUCAGAUGAAGAGAAAAGAUCAUUGUAUGAUCGUUAUGGAGAAGCAGGGUUACAGGGGGAAUAUGAUGGAUCAGGUGCUGGUUCUCAUGAGGUUGACCCGUUUGAUGUGUUCAGCACCUUCUUUGGGGAUUCAAAUGGGUUUUUCGGUGGUAGGAAUGGACCAGGAGUUGAUGAUUUUAAUUUGAGAAAGGGCAACAAUUCCCUGAAUAUUCGGCAUGAUCUUCUUUUGAGCUUUGAAGAGUCCAUUUUUGGAGCAAAACGUGAGGUAGAAGUUUCUUGCUUAGAGACAUGUGAUUAUUGCCAUGGCACAGGAGCUAGUUCAAACAAUUGCAUAAUAUCAUGUAACCGCUGUGGAGGUAGAGGAGCGGUCGUAGAAACUCAGAAAACGCCAUUCGGAGUGAUGUCUCAGGUAUCUACUUGCUUAAAGUGUGAUGGGGAUGGUAAGGUCAUAACUGAAUACUGUAAGUAUUGUCGAGGCGAAGGUAAUGUCCAGUCGCCUAGAAUUAUCAAAGUGGUCAUUCCCCCGGGUGUGAGUGAUGAAUCCACUAUGCGAAUAGAAGGAGAGGGUAAUGUGGAUAAGAAAAGGAAUAGAGUUGGCGAUUUGUAUAUAGUCAUUCAUGUUAAUCAAAAACAAGGAAUACGAAGAGAUGGUCUUGAUCUGUACUCAAAUAUAAAUAUUGAUUAUACACAGGCAAUACUAGGUACUGUCAUCAAGGUUGAUACGGUUGAUGGUCUAAAAGACCUUCAUGUUCCUUCUGGAACUCAAUCGGGGGAAACAUUAAAACUGUCAAAGAUGGGAGUUCCAGAUAUCAACAAGCCAUCUGUUAGAGGGCAUCAUCAUUUUAUUGUCAAUGUCCAGAUCCCGAAGUAUAUCAGCAAUGAAGAGCGCCUAUUGGUUGAGAAGUUGGCUAUGUUACGACAUCAAACAUAUAACGGAAGACAUGAUAACGAUAAAAGAGAUACCUCUUCAAGUUACAACAGCAAAAAGCUUGCUACUUCUGUAUGGAACUCAAUACGGGGCAUGUUAGGGCGCGGACAAUCUGGGGAUGGAUUUGCAUCGACAAGCAUAUGUACGCCAGUUUACUGGAAACACCGGUCAACAAGUUCUCCUACAAUGGUUCUUGCUGCUAUAGUUCUAAUCUUGACAUGUAUUUUCAACUCUGCACGGAACACUAACUUUUCGUCAUUGAGAAAACAACAAUGACAUUAGAGAAAUCUACAGAAAAUUUGAGCAAUCAAA